AUGAGUGAACAAGAAGCAUUACCAAUGGACACAAUGCUGCCUCAGCCUCUGUCAUCAACUUCAUCUGAAAAUGGGUCAGUCAGCACUACAGCAUCAACUGUACCACAGGCAGCUGCACACAAUAGACCAACAACACUGUCUAAACCAUCAGGGUUGAAACCACCAACAAAGAUAGGAAGGUUGUGCUCAAAUUCUGCACCUAAACCUGCCGUCCCCAUCUCUCCUAGAACUGACGAUUUAGCUAACGAAAAGUGUGAAGGCAAUAAUCAUAAACUUAAGGUUCGAAUUCGAGCCCUGUUACUUUCUGACCCGGCUUAA